AAUCAGAAUCUCCCGGCAGUUGGUUCCUGGAGGAACUGACGAAGCCCUUGUCUCAGGGUCCCUGUCUUGGGGAGUCGGGACUACUGGGUCACCCUGGGUAGUCGGGAAUUUAGACUGAGCUGUCUUGGUCACUCAGCGGGCAGUUGGCAGAGUAUUCAUGGUCAGGGAGGUGACCCGUGGUCAGCAGGGUCAGGCCACCCAGGGGCAAAGGGUGCUCCUGCACCGGGCCCUGGAGAAGGACAGACCGGUGGGGACACGGCGUUGGCGGGGGAGCCUUCGCGGAUGGGGAGUCACCACCUGCCGGCAAUCAGCCAUGACUGCCUUUGCAUUGUCCGUGCUCUCAGCCUACCACCUCCUCCCCCUGCCAUUGCAGUGGCUAACACUGGGGAAGAAGACCAAGACACCACAGCCUUUCUCCAAUCCCUCUCAAAUCAGCACGAACAAGGACACAGGUCUCAAUCCACAACUGCUGCAGAUGGACCCUGGCCACAUGGGAUGGUCAGACACGCCCGCCCAGCUAUCUGCAGGCAAAGAAGCUCAGAAGAGAUUUGGGGGCCUGAAGGACAUCUUGCUCCCAUGUCCAUAUGGGCGGGCUAUUUCAUGAGUCAAUUUUGCCACAUAAAGGACUUAAUUUCAGCCAUUCCAGGGUGCUACAGGAUGCACAGCUUCCCAUCAGCCCACCUGAACUCCAGCCGUGCCAUUUUGAUACCAGGAAAAAGGUCACUUGCUUUCCUGCCCCUUAGAGGACCAGAGCCAUGGAAGCAAGAUGGCACUUCUGUUCACCUGUUAUGUAAUUUUUUUGUAAUCUUCAUAUGUUUGAGAAAUGCAAUUAUAUGAAAAAAGUUUAGUAAUUACAGACAUAACAGCAGAAAGACCUCGGAACCAAGCUUAUUCUCAUGGCUGAUCUGCUCCACCUGGCACUCUGCUGCGCUGCAGGCAUCCUGUGGUCAGAAUCUCAGAGGGACCGUCAGGGAGGGCCUUCCCAGAGGAUGGACCUCACGUGACUGCUGCCUGAGCGAGUGGCACUGGCCACUCUGCCUGGAGAGAGGAGUAAAUACAGGGCUGGCCAGGAGACCUGCGCACUCUGCUACCGGCCUUGUCCAUGUUUAGCCUCUAUUUGAAAAUGAGGAACACACAGACCAAGAGUAUCUUUGAGGGUUAGUAGGGACCACAGAAAUGCCAGUGGACCUUUCACUCUCUCCUUUUGCAUAUUCCCAGGUAUGGAAAUGCCGUUUGGAUAGAGGGAGCCUGCAGGAGGUGGACACAUGAGCAGCACGACAGGGCUGAUUCCAUCCUCUGAAAAUGGGGACCCGUGUCCGGUGUGUGGCCUUACUGGUUCAGUCUUCUUCACAGUGGGAGGUUUUGAGUGCCCAGAUGCCCAGUGCCUCCUAACCGGAACAGGACAGGACCGGGCUGACCCCUGGAAGAAUCCCAUGCACACUUGGCUAUUCAGGGAGUUUCUACCCAGCCAAGCUCACCUCUGUGGCUACCCUGGUCUUGCUGCUCAUAUCUGCCAGGAAAGGCCUGGACUUGGAGAGAAACCUGGGAUUUGGAUUCAGUCCUUGCCGGCCUGGCUGGUUUCACAUCCUUACCUCUGUCUGUGGAAGCCCAUGUUCCUGAGCAGCGAGUCAGAGGGGACAUCUGAGCACAGAGCAGGGAGCCUCAGAUGGGAAGAAGUCAGAGGAACCAGAAUGUGUCAGAGAAUGUGGAGUCGAGUGCCUGAGCUCAAAGGCAAGCUGGGCCACAGGCUGGCUGUGUGAUCUUGGGCAAGUUCGACCAGCUUCUUUGUGCCUCUUUUCUCUCCUUAGUAAGAUCAAUGUCUUCACUA